AUGCCGUGCUAUUUGACCGAGUGCGACCCCAUGGCCGAGGCCAAGCGCUUUGUCUUUGCUUUGAUUGGUUUGUAUGUGUAUCAUUACGUUGUUGACACGGUGUUUAUUCGACCGAUAGUCCAGUACAUGCUACGUAAAGGCUGGUUAACCCAUGAGAAGAAGGGUAAGAUGCGGGAGUCGCUCUAUAAGAACGCAGCGGUGGGUGUCUUCCAUAUUUUUGGCCUUUAUGUUGGCUGGAAUGAGACGUGGUUUCUUAAUAAGGAGGAGUAUUUCAAAGGCUUUCCAUACGUGGCAAGCGAGGAACUGCGCUGGUACUAUAUGAUCUAUUUAUGCUUUUGGCUCCAGAGCAUUGACUUUAUGCUCAACAUUACAAGCAAAUAUUACACGAUCAAGCGCAAAGAUAAUGCUGAAAUGCUCGUGCACCACUUUGCCACCAUUUCACUCAUGGUUUUCUCGUACUAUUUCGACCUCACUAAAAUGGGUCUCAGUGUGCUUAUGAUCCACGAUGUAAACGACCUGUUACUGGAGACUGCCAAGGUGUUUGUGUACUUACAGUGGGAGACAGUGGCCAACGUCUUCUUUGGUCUCUUUGCACUCGUGUGGUUCUUUUUGCGCUGGUUCUUUUACUCGUACAACGUUUUGCACAGUGCCUACGCAUUCGCAUACCGCGAUAUUGUCGUGCCGAUCACUGAGGCAGGUAGCUUUGCUGGUCUUGACGCAUCUGUGUGGUACUGGGCGUGGAUCAUCUGUUUUGGUUUCUUGUGCUUGCUGCUUGUGCUGCACGUCUACUGGGGCAUACUGAUCGUCAAGAUGGUGAUCAAGGCACUAGGUGACGGCAACGUCGAGAAGGACAUCCGCAGCGGCUCGGAAGACGAGGAGGAUGAGGAGGAAGAAGAGAAGCCAAAGAGGUUGCUCGAGGCGUCUGAGACCAUCAAUCGCCGACGCCGUCGUGCUCCCAGGGCAGAGUGA